AUGCCUCGUCCCAACCCAACCACACAUGCAGGCGACACUUCCUUUCAAGUUUUUGCUGCCUUCCCUCGCGAUAUUGGCUUGCUGAUUUUCGAGCAUUGCAGCCCAUUCGAUCUGGUCGAGCUCGCUGCCACCUCCGUUUCCCUUCGUAGGCUAAUAAACGACCACUCGUACUUGUGGUCCAUCGCAUUCUCCAACGUUUCACGCGGUCAAUGCCCACUUCCCCCUUCCUGUCCAGCAAUAGAAGCCAGUGGUAAUUUUUCUCAAGUCGCAUAUGCUAGAUGGAUCUUCCAAGGAGGGCCGUGUUCGCACUGUGGUCAAUUGACAUCAUCGCUACCCUCUCAUUUUCUUUUGCGGCUAAGAGCAUGCUCGCCUCGCUGCGCAAGAAUUCUCAAGACAUCCAGGUUCCUCUAUUUCGAUAUCAAGCACGAAUACGACAACUUUUCAUUUGGUAAAUGGCUACCCAGAGCCAUAUUCAAUACUACAACCUACGUUUACAAUCUCAAAUCUCUUCAAACGGCGCGAGCAGAAGCCAAAGCGGCGGCCAUUUUCACGCGAGCAGGUACUCUCCGGGGACAUCGGCCACCAGCAUCAUGCAUCUUCGUACUUCGCAACGAAACGGCGCUUGUGGAGGAAUAUGGCCGUCGAGAACGCGCCCGACCGCUGUUGGAGAAGAACGCUAAAAAACUGGAAGCUUGGUCGGCCAAGUACCUGCAAGAGAAGAAGGAUGUUAUAGCACUGAAUAUACAGUUUCUUCAAAGCGUCUGGGCCAAAGAAAACAUCAAACCAAAGCGCUUUCAGGAUGUGCCGAAGGUGCAACAAAUACUAGCCUCGUUCAAUCGCGAUCUCGCGUUGAUUACUCGCAAGGUUUGGGAGGACAAUCGGUCACUGAUUCUGGCCGAAAUAUCCGCACUUGGCCUUGGAGGAGGGAAGGUACAAUGUCGUUUUUGCGAGCGAAUGAUUUCACGUGUCGGAAUGGGGGACCACAUCGUGGAUUGCCAUAAGGAUCAAGAUCCUGAUCUUGUCGUUGCCAAUCUCAAAGGCCGACUGCAUUGCAAACAGUGUCCUACCUCGAAGCGGGUCUUCACGAAGGAAGGGCUCGAACACCACAGACUAUCACAACAUUCUUGA